AUGACAGCUCUCCGGGAGCUGAAAUUUAUGGAGUGUUGGCAACUGCAGCAACUUCCGGACAUCCUAUCCCAGCUAUCUUCUCUCGAGCACCUGGAGAUUAAGAGUUGUCCGACCCUCACGGUGCUGCCAGAUGAAUUGGGAAACGGUAUGCAGCGUCUGCGCUAUCUGCAUCUGGACAACUGCUCAUCUCUCACCCACCUCCCUCCAUCCUUCUCCGCCCUGACGUCCCUCGAAACCCUCAAGAUCAUGCAAGCCAAGCGCUUCACAGGCACCCUACUGGACGACUUCUGCUGCUUGAAAGCCCUCAAGGAGUUGGUGAUUUAUGACAUGCCACGCCUAUCUGCUCUUCCUGCUUCCUUCUCAGGCGUCUUUUCCCUCACCAGCCUGGAAGUUAUAAACUGCCCUAGAGUAACGGUCCUGCCACAGGGGAUCGGACGGCUGGAGUCACUCGAGGUAGUCAAGAUCGCACUGAUGGACGGCUUGAAACGUCUCCCUGCGUCGCUUGUUGAGCUGCCCCGAGUGCGGGUGUUGGAGGUGCGGGUAUGUGGUGGGGUUGGCGCGUUGUUAGGGGAUGAGCUGGUGCUGAAACGCACUGCCAGGGGUUCUUCUUCUGCAAGCUCCAACAGCACUGCCAGAAGCAGCACCAGCAGGGUAGUGCUUCCAUCCCUCAACACCCUCAAGAUGAAGUGUCUUCCCUUUCAGACCCUUGGUCCGUCCCUUGGCCAGCUCUCCUCUCUGACGAAGCUGAAGCUCCUAGAUAUGGACAGCCUUGUAUCACCCCCUGAAGCCAUUUGUCAACUCUCGCGCCUGAGAAGGCUUUGGAUAGAUUCAGCCAUGCGGUUGGAGGCGUUGCCUGACACCUUUGGCGCGCUGGCAGGGCUGCGUGUCUUGCAGCUGGAGUUGGUGCUCCUGGGGCUGAAGCAGGUCCGCAGCUUGCCAGAGUCGUUUGCACAGCUGCCUAAGCUACAAGUGCUGCUGGUGACUGCGUGCAACAAGCUGGCUCGGGUGCCGUCUUCUAUCCGGAGAAUGCCAACGUUGCGUGAGUACGAUAUCAGCGAGUGCCCUUCGCUCUCAUGGCAAGACAGGAGGGGCCUUCGUGGAAGAGAAAACGAGGAGGACGAGGAGGAGGAGGGAGUGGCGGUUGAUGAAGGGGAGGAGGGAGGAGGGGAGGAGGUAGAGGGUGAGGAGAGGGGAUAUGUGGUGGGGGAAGGGGAAGAGAUGGACGGGGAGGAGGAGGGUGCAGAGAGUGGUGGUGAGGACUGGGGGAUCAGCCAUGAGUAUGGUUUGGACAGUGAAGAUGACGGGGAUGAUGACGGCUGGAGGGCGAGUGAUGACGAUGAGGAGGCAUAA